CCCUCUAUAUGUGUUUCAGCCUUUCAGGGUCUGCAAAGGCUGUUGUUGGUUUCUCUUUGAAAAUGGCCGGCCAAUCUGCCAAGCCAUUGAGUUCAUCUGCGGCAGCUAACAGCUCCUGGGUACAAAAGCUUCAAGCAGCUCCUGGCCGGUUCCACCAGUUCAUUCAUUCGAUCCCGUCGACCGAUCAUGGCGGCCAACUACCACCACUACCAGAUGGCCGCGGCGUGGAGGGAGCCGGACAGCCCGCAGCUGAGCUUCAUGAGCGGCUGCAGCUCCCUCUUCUCCAUCUCCACGCUGCAGGACGACGACGACGGCGCCUUCGUCAUCGCCGGCCACGCGCUGCCCUCCACGCCCGUCUCGCUCGCCGGGUUCGCCGGCGACGAGGUCGACAUGGAAGUGCAGCAGAUCAGCGGCGGCAGCGGCGACGACCGGAGGUCCAUCAGGAUGAUGAGGAACCGGGAGUCCGCGCUCCGGUCCAGGGCCAGGAAGAGGGCAUACGUUGAAAAUCUGGAGAAAGAGGUUCGCCGGCUGGUGGAUGAGAACUUGAAGCUCAAGAAGCAGUGCAAAGAGCUUAAACUGGAAGUGGCUGCGCUGGUCCUCCCUACCAAGAGCUCGCUGCGAAGAACCUCAUCGACGCAAUUCUGAAGGGACAAAGAAGCGUGAACACAUUUUAUUUGGAGUACAAGAUUAAAAGAAGGAAUGUCUGGACUUGUGUGUACAUGUGUUAGUGUAUGUCUGUGUGCCGUAGGGAGGGGAGAUAGAUGCAUAUGCAAUGAUCUAGAGCUCUCGAACUAUAUUGUCCUGAUUGUCCUGAUCUAGAGCUCUCAAACUAGUUCCUCCCGCACUAGAGUUCCUUCCGCCUCAGAUUCCUGAUGCUCCUGUUCACUAUCCCAGGCUAGGAUAUCCAUGGUUCCAGCC